GGAGCUGUGGUCACUCUGUGUGAUGAUCUUGUUUAUUUCACUUAUCCAGGUUGGAAAAGCUCAAGCAGAUAAUAAACCAGUUCUGACUGUGCAGCCAAAUUUAUCACAAAUAUUCAGAGGAGAGACGGUUAUACUCUCAUGUAGAAUUUCGGGAGGAAGUGGACCAUACAUCUGGUACGAAGAUGGUGUUAUUGUUUACAGCUCUGCUGAAAAGGACUACAUUAUAAAAGUAGAUCAGAGUCACAGAUACAGAUGUUACGGGUUUAAGAAUGGAUGGUCAACAGCAAGAAGUAAUGAAGUGACUCUCUCAGUGAUAGAGAUACCAAAAGCUGUUGUGACUCUGCAGCCUGAUGGAGAGAUAUUCAGUGGAGAGAAAGUCACUUUCACAUGUGAAAUACGAGGACAUGCACACACCGUGGAUGGGAAAUGGAUGUACAGCUGGUAUAAAGAUGGUGUCAAACUUUCUGACCCUGCUGAGAACAGAGAAUAUUCAUUUACUGCUGUAGAGUCUUUCACUGGUAUAUAUACCUGCAGCGGACAGAGAAAAAGCGACUCACAGACUUCAGAGACCAGCACUGCUGUUACACUCACUGUGUCAGAAAAACCUAAACCUAAACUCACAUCAAACCAUGAAGGAGAUGUACUGACAGGAAACUCAGUGACUCUGUCCUGUACACUGAAGCUACAGUCUGCUGGAUGGAAGUUUUACUGGAUCAAACCCACACAGAGCUCUGAGACUGAAACUGAAACAGACCCCUACACCAUCAGCUCAGUUAGAGUCUCUGAUGGAGGUCAGUACAGGUGCAGAGCUGGAAGAGGAAACCCAGUCUACUACACACACUACAGUGAUUCACUCUGGGUAAAUGUUACUGAGAGUCCAAAAGCUGUGGUGACCAUAAAACCUGACAAACAUGUGUUCAGAGGAGAGACUGUGACUCUCAGGUGUGAAAUACAGGGAGGAGGAGACACUGAGUGGACAUACAGCUGUUAUAAAAAUGAUGAUGAACUCUACGGAGAACACAAAAAACAGGAGUUCAGCAUCUGGUCAGUUAGAAAUGAAGACAGUGGUAACUACACCUGCAGAGGGAGGAGAAGCAGUGACGCUCAGAGCUCAGAGAUCAGUGAUGCUGUUACUCUCACUAUAUCAGAUGUAGCAGAGGCAGUAGUGAGAGUAUCUCCAUUGAUUUGGCUGACUGAAGGAGAUUCAGUGACUCUAAGCUGUGAGGUUAAACACUCCUCUACAGGCUGGACAUUCAGCUGGUACUCAUAUGUUCUCUACAGAGACAGUCAGGGUUCCAUCAGGUACAAUAGAGAACUCCUCUCAGACAACAGCAGAGGAUCUGGAGGCUCCUACACUCUCAGUCCUGUUACUCUGAAUCACACAGGAGUUUAUGUGUGCAGAGCAGAGAGAGGAGUCUUUCACACACCUUACAGCAAACUACAGCCACUGUGGAUCACUGGAGAAUCUCCUCCAGUGUCUCUGAUCAUCAGUCCGAACAGAACUCAACACUUUACUGCUGACUCUCUCUCAUUGAGCUGUGAGGACCAGAGUGACUCUACUGGAUGGACAGUGAGGAACAAUGAGGAAUUGUUCAAUUGUUCAUCAGUUUCAGGAGCUACAUGUAACAUCAGCUCCCUCUCUACAUCACACACUGGAGUUUACUGGUGUCAGUCUGAAUCUGGAGGACGCAGUAAUCCUGUCAACAUCACAGUGCACAAUGGUGCUGUGAUCCUGGACAGUCCUGUCCAUCCUGUGACUGAGGGACAUCCUCUGACUUUACGCUGUUUAUCUCGCAGCAAAAAGAUCCCAGGCUCUGGUGUUGAUUUAUAUAAAGAUGAUUCCAUCCUCCAGUCCCAGACUACAGGAGAGAUGACCAUCAGUAGUGUCUCAAAGUCAGAUGAAGGUUUCUACCACUGUAAACACCCAGAGAGAGGAGAGUCACUGAAAAGCUGGGUUUCAGUCAGAGUGUUUAUUUCAUUUAUCCAGGUUGGAAAAGCUCAAGAGAGUCCUAAAGCUGUGGUGACCAUAAAGCCUUACAAGCAUGUGUUUAGAGAAGAGACUGUGACUCUCAGGUGUGAAAUACAGGGAGGAGGAGACACUGAGUGGACAUACAGCUAUAAAAAUGAUGAAGAACUCUACGGAGAAAACAAAACACAGGAGUUCAGCCUCAGCUCAGUUAGAAAUGAAGACAGUGGUAAAUACACCUGCAGAGGGAGGAGAAGCAGUGACACUCAGACCUCAGAGAUCAGUGAUGCUGUUACUCUCACUGUAUCAGGAAAAUCUCCUCCAGUGUCUCUGAUCAUCAGUCCAAGCAGAACUCAACACUUUACUGCUGACUCUCUCUCACUGAGCUGUGAGGACCAGAGUAACUCUACUGGAUGGACAGUGAGAGGAUAUAGAUACAGAGAGGUAUUGGUCGAUUGUUCAUCAGUUUCAGGAUCUACAUGUAACAUUAGCUUCCUCUCUACAUCACACACUGGAGUUUACUGGUGUCAGUCUGAAUCUGGAGGAUGCAGUAAUCCUGUCAACAUCACAGUGCACUAUGGUGCUGUGAUCCUGGACAGUCCUGUCCAUCCUGUGACUGAGGGACAUCCUCUGACUUUACGCUGUUUAUCUCACAGCAAAAAGAUCCCAGACUCUGGUGUUGAUUUCUAUAAAGAUGAUUCCAUCCUCCAGUCCCAGACUACAGGAGAGAUGACCAUCAGUAGUGUCUCAAAGUCAGAUGAAGGUUUCUACCACUGUAAACACCCAGAGAGAGGAGAGUCACUGAAAAGCUGGGUUUCAGUCAGAGGUCCAUUGCAAGCUUCAAGUUCAGUGCUCAGACUGAUCAGUAGUCUAGUGACGGUUUCUGUGUAUCUGCUGCUGACCAUCGUUGUGGCAGUGAAAUGUUUCAGAGCUCGAGUUCAGACUGAUGAAGACAACACCCAGAAUGCUGUUAUAGAGGAGUGAACAAAAAAAUAAAAAACAAAUCAGAUUUUGUCAUACGCCUCCUCAUGGGGUCACAACACUUUAAUGCAGUGUACAAUAAAAUAAACUAGACUUUAAGACCACGUUUUUCAAUUAAUACCUUCUCUACUGUUCAUCUAGUUUCAUGUCUUCAUAUUUUGUAGAUUUAUUAUUGACAUUUUGUACAGAUGCCAUAUAUCAUAUACAGUGUCUCACAAAAGUGAGU